UGUGUGUGCAUGAGUGUGUGUGUGUGUGAUGUGCACAGAUUGUUUAUUACUGUUCUGAACGUCUGGAGCCAGGGCCCGGUGAUACACACUACUAAGUGCAGGAGACGCAGAGGAGCCCUGCGAGACGAAGGAGAGUAUGGAGACGACAGCCCUCGUGAUUUUCUCUUUGGUCCUCUGCCAUCUGUCCAUAUCUGCUGCUCUGCACUGGAGGAAAGCACUGUACCCCUCUGCCUUCAGAGUAAAGAGAGGAACACCAACUCUACUUAACCCCUCCAUCCAGAAAACUGUGGAGGACACCAACUUAGUCUAUGAGGCCCUGUGGUCAGGGCUGUAUGUGGAUGCCAGGGAAGGUGUGCUACGCAUGGCUGAUGAGGAGUUAGCUUCUCUGAGGCGGCUGCAAUCUCUGGAGGUGGUCUGCGAGGACGUCCUUCCCAGAACACUGUCAGACAUCCGCCGCCUCUGCCACCAGCUGGAACAGCAUCGGGGUCACCUACACAAGGAGGACUUUGAGCGAACUGUGCUCACCAUGGUGUACACAGCUCAGAGACUCACACAGGCAACUGCAGGCCACCAGAGGGAGCUGUGGGCAGACACCUUUCUUCAGCUUUAUAAAGCCAUUAAAGGAGAUCUAAGAGCAGAGUGACAGAUAACUUUCUUUAUUAAAUGAACUUUUCAAUAAACUUUUAAUGAAAGGAGUGGUGAUAGGAGUGGUGAUAGAGGCCUGUAUUUUUAUUUUUGUUUGGUUUGUUAAAGAACUGUUAUACAAACUUAUUAGACGUGUAUAUGAUAAAUGAAACAUUAUAUUUGACUUGUACAUAUGAUAUAUGUAUAUGUGUAUGCUUAGUCUUGGACACCCCUGUUCAAAUUUGGGAUGUACUCAAGUCAGAUUUUGUAUGUCGGAUUUGUCUGUAUAAUAUCUGACUAACCUACUGUAUUUGUUCCUUUUUUUCAUGUAAACUUUUAGAAACAUAAUUGAGCUAUCCGCAAGUUUCAGUGAUCAUUUUUAUCUCAUUAACAUAGACAAAUGCUACAUGGGAACCUAUUUUCUGAGCCUUAAAAAUCAAUAAAAGGCAGCUGCAUAUGA